CAGAUCUCUGCAUCAAAUCUGAAAAUGGAUGGACCAGAGAUGUUGAAAUGGGAUGUUCAGAACUUUAUUAAGCAUAAAAGAGCUUGCUUUCCAAAAACCACUUUACAACAGCUGAAGGAUGCAAUUCUUGAAGGAAACCAUCGAAUUCUUGCAUCCUUGAAGGAAAAGAGUGGAUUAUCAAUUGGCAAUCAGUCUGAAAAUAGAAUCACUGUGGAUGAUGAUGAUCUUAAUGCAGCAGUCCCAGGGAGACUUGAGAAGAGCAGUGAUAGUGCAACUAUGGAAGCAGGAGGGAACUUAACUGCUCCAACCGCUGAAAAUUUGGAUGGCCUCUUGCGAGAAGAUUCACCUAAUAGAGAUUUGUUACCCUCUAAGAGGGAUAGGAGUGACUUGGAUACUGAAAAUCAGUCUGCAAAAUCCAAUGAAGAUCUUAUCAAUAUGGACAAUGGUUGUGAUCCCCAUUUGCAUAAUGGCAAGAAGCUCAAAAGGGACGCUGCUUGUACCAGUGAGGCAGUUGGUCAGAAGUCUGUUCCUAUAAUUGGAAAUGAACUUUCAGAAGAUUCAUCUAGAAGAGAUGGAGAAAAUACUGUAAGAGAAGGGUCUGAGUUGGCCAUAUUAUCUCAAGUGGGAGGCUCGGAGGAAAACAGGUUCUCAGAAAACAAUCAUGAUCAGCGUACUAAUCCACAGAUUUCUUGUAACAACGAUACAGUGCCUUUAGGUACAUCUGGAGAUGGACCAGAUUGUGGUCUCCCUGUUAAUGGAGCCAAGGAUGAUGGCAAGGAUUGUGCUGAAAUGGGAACAUCAAAUGCUGCACCUCCAGACGAAACCCAUCAAAGUAUUUGUGUUGAUGAAGCCAGAGAUAAGUGUGAGAAGGCCCAACUAUAUACAUCUAAUGGUGUACUUAAUGAUGGAUCCUUCCAGAACUAUUUUCCUGACAGUGCCAAAGAUGACAUGGUACAUAAUCCUAUACAAGAAAUGUCUAGCGAUAGUGAUGGUUAUCAGGACGAGAAGGUUGAUGUUGCCAUGGAGAAACGUACUUUCUUGAACUCUCAGGGCACAUUCAGUGUGGAUUCCCUGGCAACAGCUGACUGUACAGAGCUUACUCUUUGUAUGAAGUGUAAUGAAGGUGGUCAACUAUUGGUUUGUAGUUCAAGCACGUGUCCGUUAGUGGUUCAUCAGAGGUGCUUGAGCUCUGCACCCAGCUUUGAUGACAUCAAGAAAAAGGCGUCUUUAGCUAGGAAAGAUCUCGCUGCUUUCAUUGGAUUGGAGAAUGGACAUCGGGCAAACAAACUUUGUAAGAGAUUUCUUAGAUCAGAGCAAAAUCAGUUGAGACGAGAUGACAACGUGAAUGGAAACAAUCAAACAAACUACAAUGGAAACCAUGUAGAUGAAGUCAAUAGUUCUCAAUACAGAGAAAAUGUAGAAGCUAAGCAACAAGCAGAACCUUCAGUAUCAGGCUUUAAUGGCAAUCUAUCUUGUCGAGAAGGUGGUGUGACCGUAAAUGAUGGAACACUUGCGGAGACACAACAGAUUGAUGAACGGUCUGGUUCUAAGCUUCAUGAAGAUAAUCCAUCUUGCAGAGACGCAGAGAUUGUCGAUGUGACCAAGAUACUUGCUGGAGAUGGAAAGCAACAGGAAGUUUUACAACAACCGAUUACUGAUUCAACCCAAAAAGCUGCAUGUCCACCGAAUGCUGAUGCAGAGGAAAGUUCUGAAGAAGAAAAUGAUAAGACCUCUUCUAAUUACUCCAGAUCACUCAGAAGAAAAGAAAAAAAGUACACUUACCCGGCAAUUCCUCAGUUGAGGCAAAAGAAACUCCCAUGGACAGCUGCAGAAGAGGUCAUACUAAAGGAGGGUGUGAAUAGAUUUUCAAGUGUUCAAGAUAGAACUAUCCCAUGGAAGAGGAUUUUGGAAUUUGGGGUUGAUGUGUUUCAGAAAGGUCGAACCUCAAUAGACCUCAAAGAUAAAUGGAGGAAUAUUUACAAAGGAAGCCCCAAAUCGAACCCCAAGUCAAAGUGA